GAGUAGUUAGGUCGUAAACGUGAACCUGUGUCUGUCUGUACGUUAGCGAUGGAAGAAGUACUAGACUUCAAGUGUACGGAUGUCGGAGUUUGGAAGAAGGCUCUGUCUUCCUACGAAUCAAGAAUCGAGUCUCUAGACAAACCAGACCUCGUCUCUCUCGACCAAUAUUAUCGCGUCGAGCUCCCUCGUCUUCUCCACGACCGAGACCCUAACCCUUACCUCACCACCUCCGAGCUUUCUCAGCUCAUGAAAUGGAAGCUCUCUCGCGGCAAAUGGCGGCCGCGUCUGCUUGAUUUCGUGUCGGCUCUGGACGAUUCGGUGGUGAAGUCUGCUUCUGAGAAGGCUUUCAAAUCACUCCCUGACAUCUCAAAUGCUGUGAAAGAGCUCACCGUGCUUAAAGGCGUGGGUCCCGCCACCGCCUCCGCCGUUUUGGCUGCUUACGCCCCCGACAUUGCUCCGUUUAUGUCCGACGAGGCGAUGGAGGUGGCUAUUGGGAACUCAAAGGAUUACUCUUUGAAGCGAUACUUGCUGUUUGUCACUAAGCUACAAGAUAAAGCAAAGGAGUUAAAGUUGGAAGGAGAGUGGGGUGGGCCUUCAGAUGUUGAGAGAGCUCUAUGGAGUUGUACUGUGCGUUCCAAGUCAAAGCCAGCCGAGAAGACUUCUUCUUCUGGGAAGAAAAGAAAGCGUAAGGAGUAGUAAACCACUGAAGAAACCCUGUUGUAGUAGUAUAUUCAUUUUAUCAUCGGCUCUUUUUUUUUCAUAAAUCUGGACGAAAGAUAUCUCACGGAUUUGUCACUCCCCUUGUUUGGUUAACUUUCUUGCUAAUUCGCAUUUUAAGAUCUUACUCUAGUAGUAGUUACUAUAGUGUAUACUUAUCCGUUGUCACUGAGUGUUUUUGGUCUUAAACACAAAGAUAAGGAUUGGGUAUAUCUUCUUUUCAA